AUGGAGGCCACGAUUAUACAGACUUCAAAAGUUGUUCUUCUUGAACUUGGGGAACGUGCCAUAGAACCUGUCUUAACAGAAGACGGCAAACUGAUUAAAAUAUGCGCACCUUUCGCAUUUAAGCUCGUCCACAGCGCUGAAAAGGUUACGGACCCUGUGACGAAUAAAGUCACUAUGUGCACUGAGUCCGACGAUUACAUAUGGUUCUAUGAAUGCUUGAAAGAAAUGUCUGAUCAAAAGGGAGGGAAGAAGGCGCCUGCAAUUAGAUAUCAAGAUCCCGACUACAUUAGUUACUACGCCGAUAUGGCUCAUCGCCCCACUAGUGUACGAUCCAACGAGAUUAUAACCAAAGAAACCCUGGGGGUGCUGUACAGUACCGACAGUAAGACAUCGGCAAAAUUGAAACUUUUCGAAGCUUGCACAAAAAUUCGGAUAAAAAGAAAAAAAGACAUAGGAUAUGACAGUUGGAUAUCCGGUUUUGCGACACAGGCCCUCAGAGAAGACAUAUUUAGGCUUGCUCACGAGAUCAGAGGCUUAAAUGUGGACUUCAAGCUUCCAUCUUCGACUGAUGUGAUAGUGGAUCCUACAAAAGGAUGGCUAUAUGACUCCAAGAGAAAAGAUCAUUUGCUGUGUUGCCCGGCGAGUGGUAGACCUGUGCUGACUGAGGACGACGAAUUCAUUUGGGCAAAUGAUCUCAAUAAGAGAAAGCCAAAGCCAACCAGAACGGUUUCUGAACCUGUAAAUGGGUCGACAAGUGCACCGAAAGUGCUACAGAGAAGUCUGAAGAGUAAAGAUUCCGACGGUAGACAGACCGAAGGAAAGCGUCGUGAGAUCAAGCCUCCCGGCCAGGAUAGUUCUAGAGAUAAGCUUUCUAGUCAGCGUACUUCUGGGGAAGGAACUUCUAGCCAGGGACAUUCCAAGCCGAGACCUCUCAGACAGAGUGGUUCCGGGGACAAGCUUCCUAGCCAAAGUAGCUCCAAAACUAUACCCCACAAGCGGAAUGAUUCUAGCUACAAAAGUUCCAGGGUCGUACCUUCUAAGCAGAGCGACCCUAGAGACAAACUUCACAAGCAAAGUGAUGCUAGGAGGCCUUUAGAAAAGAAAGCUCCGAAUAGGAAAACAACUAAUGAACCUGGAUCCACCACUAAAAGACCCGUUGCAGGGAGGUCGCAAACUUUUACAUGA